UUUUUCUUUUAACUUGUACUGCUCAUGUGCAUUCACCAGAGAGACCAAGCAAGCAAGCUGCCGGUCCGACGAAGCGUGGUUAGCCUUCACCGCCAUGCCACCUGCUGGCCCCGCCUGGCGGACACCAUACAAUCCCCUGUCCUUCAUUUCUUCAUCCUGUCAGGAUUUAAGACACUCAUCUACAGUCGCCUGGUCUCACAAUUCCGCCCUCCGAGAAAGUCUUGCCAUGACUGGAUAGGACCUCCAGACAAAUACUCAAACCUUCGACCUGUCCAUUUUUAUAUCCCUGAAAAUGAAUCAGCAUUGGAACAAAAACUUAGAGAAUUAAGACAAGAAACACAAGAAUGGAAUCAACAGUUCUGGGCACACCAGAAUCUGUCUUUCAGUAAGGAGAAGGAAGAGUUCAUUCACUCGAGACUGAAGGCUAAAGGCCUGGGGCUGAGAGCCGAAUCAGGUGCGUUCACGGUGGCACUGUGGCCGAGGUCGGUGAGGAGCUCCCGAGGUCAGAGAGCGACAUUGAAUGCAGAAGAAAUGGCCGACUUUUACAAGGAGUUUUUAAGUAAAAAUUUCCAGAAGCAUAUGUAUUAUAAUAGAGACUGGUAUAGGCGCAACUUUGCCAUCACCUUCUUCAUGGGACAGGUGGCUCUGGAGAGGCUGUGGGGCAAGCUUAGACGGAAGCGGAAGACAGUGUGCACGUAGGAGCCCGCCCUCAGCCACCUGCCAGCCCAGGACUCCGCAGGGAGCACCGCCUCCAGGACCCUGUCCCACCCGGACUCCGGCAGUGUGAGCGACCCCGAUCCCGGCUGCAGGGCCCUGUCCCACCCGAGCUCCGGCAGUGUGAGCGACCCGGAUCCCCGCUCCAGGGCAGUGCAGGUCCUGACUCCCUCCUGGCUGGAGCCCCGCCCCAGCUUGUCAUGGACUUGGCAUUAAAUGAAACCCAGUACCGUG